UUUUAGCGCGAUAAUUAAGCGAAAUACGUGCCUGAGGCUUAAACGAAUUUUCCCCCUCACACUGGUGCCUUGGGAGGAGCCAACGCAGAAUCCAGCACCCUCUGGGGAUCAGCCGCAAUGAACGCCGAGGAAACUGCAGAAGAAAUACACAUCUUCUUCACCCUCCCUCCAGAGAUCCGGCAUCAAAUAUACCGUCUCCUCCUCGCCCCCAAAGACGAAAAGCGCUGGAUCCACCACGCAAUCCUCCAAUGCUCGCGGCGCUUCAACGAAGAAGGCACAACCAUCCUCUACCGCGAGCAAACCUUCAAGCUAGAAUGGCUCACCGGCUCAGAGUCACUCCUUAAAGUCUGGUUCCCUUCAUCUGAGAAGUUCAACCUCGUUACAAGGAUGACGAUCGAUCCAUAUGUCGGUGUCGCGGAGAAGAGAGUGCGUCACAGUGAUACGGCGAACGAAGUGCUGUCAAAGUUUCCAGCGUUGUCUGAGGUUGAAAUCGAGCUCACCCGUUUCCCCGCUAGUUCUAGUCUCAGCUUCCUUCGUGGGGUGAGGGAGCAACUUGACAGGAUUGAGAAAGUGAUUUUAGUGUUGUCGAUUGCGCCGUAUCCUAGUCUUACCAGUGAUACACCACAGGUGGCGUUGAGAGAGAAGUACAAGUUCGGGUGUGGAGAUAUCUUUUACGUUCCUCAUGGAUAUUUGGGUAGGGGGGUGAAGAUGGAGUAUCAGCCACCUAAGGCGGGGUUUCAGCUAUUCGGAGCACAGGCAAUUCUGCGGUUGACGCUGGAGAAGGAGACAUCUGUGCUGGCCUAGGAUGAUGAGAUGGAAGCCUUGGGGAGGUGGUGGCAGUUUAAUUCCGGAUCAUGAGGCUCUCGUCCCCACAAACUUCGAUCUUCAAUGGGGACACGAGUUUAGCCAGUGGCCUGCACAUAUUGUGCUAGCCUCAACUUCGCCAGAUCUUUCGCCUGGCUAAACUUGGUCAUAAAUUGUUGGAGGUCUUGUUGUUGGUCAGCUUGGUUUCUCAGUUAUACAAACAUUGCGGGUACACCUACUUGUAUGUGCGUCAAAUUGAAUAAUGA